UUAAAUGUCAUAUGCCCAACGCUAUAAAAGGAAGCAAACAUUUCCAUUUGGAUCCAGUAUGGUUUUAAGGCCGAUCAAUCUAGUGUAACUGAAAGGUCCCAAUUUAAAACAUGAAAUUUCUUGUCUGUGUGCUGCUUAUUGCUGCGGGUGCAGCGAAUGCCACUCCACUCUACGAAAAUAGAAACGGCGAUAAGUCCGAUGCCAUCAACAGCGAUUGGAUAUUGGUACCUGACGCAAACUAUAAUUUACAUCUGAUCGAUACCAAUGCAGAGGAGACGGCAGCUAUUGAGCCAACCUUCAAUGGACCCAACGAUAUGGUGUUCCAGCUGUUUACCCGAAGUAAUCCAACCGUUCCGCAAACCAUUCGACUCGGCAACAAUCAAGAUCUGCAGAACAGUUUCUUCAAUCCGAAUCAUCAAACCAGAUUCCACGUCCAUGGUUGGCUAGAUGGCGGGGCUAAUGUUCCAGCGAAUCCGUACCGAGACGCUUAUCUACAGCAAGGAGAUUUUAAUUUCUUUGCCGUUGACUGGACUGUCGGUGGACAAACACCAAACUAUAUUUUGGCUCGUCAACGAGUCGGAGAGUGUGGACGAGGAUUGGCAGCGUUUCUCGAUUUUUUGAAUCUGAAUGGAAAUCCGUUCAGUGCGUUUACGGUUCUGGGUCAUUCUCUGGGAGCACAUUGUGCUGGACAUGCCGGUAAACAGGUUACGAGAGGACGCAUCGCUGUAAUUGUUGGACUUGAUCCAGCGGGCCCACUUUUCUCGAUUGACUCAAACGAUCGCCUCGAUCAUACCGAUGCCAAUCACGUUGAAAUGAUGGCUACAGACACAGAAUUCUUAGGCUUUCUACGUCCGCUUGGUCAUGCCAACUUUUACGCAAAUUGGGGCUCAAGACAACCGGGUUGCGAAGGAGAAAUUGCCGGCAUCUGCAGUCAUCAGAUAGUGGCUCAUUUCAUGGUAAACUCAAUAAAUCCAGCAAAUGUUUUCGGUGCCAUUCGUUGUCGCGACUUCAAUGAUAUCGUAACCAGAAACUGUGUGGUUUCCGGUCCGAGUCGUCGGAUGGCUGGCGAGCCAGUCGUUGAUGGCAUCAGUGCACCGGGCAGUAUUUUCUUUUUGACAACAAAUCCAACAGCACCGUUUGCACAGGGUCCCAGAUAGACUGUGCGACGUAUUUUGUAAAUAAAUUUU